AUGGCACAAAAAACACACAUUCUAGAAGAACUGGAUAACGAUGAACUCAAGAAGAAAGAUAAAGACCAUGAUGAAUAUACUGGAUACGAACAUGAUGAUAAGAAUAAGGCCUGGGAAAGGUUCAAAUCAUUCUUGACCAAAUGUGGUGAAACAUCAGGUAUAACAUUUGCUUCAUUAUUAGUUCUUGGUCUUGCUGGUGUUUCUUAUCACAAAUUUUACAAUGUUCAUGUUAUUGACAAGAUGUCCAAGGCGUUUGAGAAAGGAGACGCUGCAUUUGAAUUAACCAUGCAUAAAAGAACAACAAAGAUUGAAGGUGAUUGGGUUGAAAGACCUGAACAAAAAUUAUUGGAUGAUAUAAUUGCAGGUAAUUUGGUUGGUAGAUAUUUCCUGAUCACUGGUGAGAAAGGUUGUGGUAAAAGCUCAAUGAUUUUGAAUGCUAUUAAAAAAGUUGAUAGCUUCAACUGUACUUUUAUUGAUGCUCAUUCGGAUCCUGAAAUCUUUAGAAUAAGAUUAGGUAAAGCUUUGAAAUUUGAGUAUCAUGAAGACUAUAUCGGCUCGUUGUUUUCUAUUAGGGGACCUAGGGAUACUACAGCUUUACUAGAUAUUGAGCGUGCUUUUAACAAGCUGGAAGAAGUUGCUGUGAGAAGAGUUAAGAAAUAUGGGAAACCGAUGGUUAUAAUAAUCAACAACACUCAUUUAAUCAAAGAUGAUGAAGAAGGUGUGAAGCUUGUUGAAUUAUUGCAACAAAAGGCAGAAUCUCUCAGUGGUGCUGGAUUGGUAACGAUGAUUUUCAACUCUGAUGAUUAUUGGCUAUAUGAACGUUUAAAGAAACUAGGUACAAGAUUAGAAGUCAUAAAUGUUCGUGAUUUUAAUAGAGACCAAGCAAUCCAAGCCUUAUCAGUUUCAAGAAAAAGGUAUUUCAAUGAAAAUGUAGAUAUGACUAUUGCUAAUCAAGUUUAUGAACUUAUUGGUGGUAGACCACAGCAUCUUGCUGAAGUUUCUAAACAAGUUGAUAUGAUUAGGGCAUCUCAUAAAUUGAUUGAUAGAGAAAAAACAUGGUUUUUAAACCAAUGUGGGCUCUUGGGUGAAGAUAUGGAUGAUGAUGUUAAUGAAAGUGGUAAAUUUUCCACAUCAGCUAUGUUAUUGAUGAAGACUUUGGUGGAAAUGUAUCAUCAAGAUUUGGCAAAACAUGGCCCUAAAGAAGAUCACAAAUUACCUGAACUACCAUUAUGGAGAGCAAGACAAAUCAUGACAAGAAAUGAUUAUAUUCAAGCUUAUGAUAAUUUGAAUAUUUUCACAAUUGAUUCUUCCAAUUCAUUUGUUAGAGCUGAUUCUGUUCCAAUGAUGAGAGGUUUCCUGGAGAUUGAAUCUCAACCUGGAUUCCAAGCUUUGUUGGAUGAAACAUUAGACCGAGUUGGAGAUAUUGAAUCCUUGGGAAGAACAAGAGAGAUUGUUGCUAAAGAUUUGUUUUUGGGAGCUCAGUAUAAACUAAAAAAAGAGAGUGAUAAUGAAUAUUCAAUCAGGAUGAAGGCAGUUGAGGAGAAUGAAGAAGAUGAAGAUGAUCCUAUAGCUAUUCAGCCAAUGACACAUAAAGGUGAAAAAUCGUUCUGGAAAAACCGAUUGACGGUUUACAAACCUGAAGGGAACCAGAACUCCGAGAAUACUUCAAGAUGA